AUGUCGCAUCAAGACAAUAAAAUAACGAAUAAAAUCUUUAUUUCUUAUAAUCAAUUACAUGAUAUUAUUCGUCGAACUGUUCAACGUACAAAACUUGUUGAAAAAUUUUCACCAACACUUCUUGUUGCUAUAAGUGCUGGUGGAUUUUUACCAACACGAAUAUUACGUAAUUUUAUUAAAACUGAAAUCGGUGGAAAAUCAUUACCAAUACAAACAAUUGGUUUAUGUUUAUAUGAAAGUGAAAAACAUGAAAUAUAUAAAACACAAUGGAUAUCAACAGAUCAAAAAAAUGAUCCAUUAGCUGUAUCAUUAAAUGGUCAAAAUAUUCUUAUUAUUGAUGAAGUUGAUGAAACACGUACAACAUUAAGUUAUGCUAUAAAAGAACUUGAAAAAGAUAUUGAAAAACAACGAAUUUUAUCAAAAGAAAAUCAUGAAGAAUGGAUUGAACCAAAAUUAGGUAUUUUUGUUGUACAUAACAAAACAAUACCUAAACGUGCAAAUUUACCAGAAUAUAUAAUGAAAGAUUGUUAUUUUGUUGGUGAAAAUGUUGGUGGAGAAUGGAUUGUUUAUCCAUGGGAUGCUUUAGAUAUUGAUGAACAUACACGUUUAGCAGAAAAUGAUAAACAAAUAAAUCAACUUACUAAUUCAUCAGAUAAUAAUAAUUGA